UGGUUAAUGUUGUGCACGCGGGGGCGAUGCGCAGAGUCAGCGCUGUAGUGCGGCGGUGCGGGAGGAGCGUGCGGCGUGUUUCCGGUAGUGACGGACAGGCAGUAGGGGAGCGGGCGGUGAAAAAAGCACUGCAAUGGAAGCUGAGUUUCGGGAAAUUGAUGAAUCCGGGAACUGGAACGCCAUUUACCAGGAAAUCAGACAACAGUCAAGUGAACUGCCCUGCAGGAUUGCCAAACUUCCAGAGAACAGAAGCCGCAAUCGCUACAGAGAUGUCAGCCCAUUCGACCACAGUCGAAUUCAUCUUCAGCUCGGCAGCAAUGACUACAUCAACGCCAGCCUGAUCUCCAUGGAGGAGGCGCAGAGAAGCUACAUUCUCACUCAGGGUCCCUUACCGAUCACAUGCGGGCAUUUCUGGGAGAUGGUGUGGGAGCAAAGGACUCGUGGAGUGGUCAUGCUGAACCGUGUCAUAGAGAAGGGCUCGGUGAAAUGUGCACAGUACUGGCCACAGAGGGAGGAGCGGGAAGCUGUUUUCGAGGACACAAACUUCAAGCUGACUCUUAUUUCGGAGGAUGUAAAAUCCUACUACACAGUCCGGCAGCUGGAGCUGGAAAAUCUUUCAACUCAGGAAACCAGGGAGAUUCUUCAUUUUCACUACACCACCUGGCCUGACUUCGGUGUACCCGAGUCUCCUGCCUCUUUCCUCAACUUCCUGUUCAAGGUGCGAGAGUCAGGCUGUCUAAACUCAGAUCAAGGGCCUGUGGUGGUCCACUGCAGCGCCGGUAUCGGUCGCUCGGGAACCUUCUGCCUUGUAGACACCUGCCUCCUGUUGAUGUCUUUGCGGAAAGACCCGUCCUCAGUCCGGAUCAAGGAUGUUCUCCUGGACAUGAGGCGCUUCCGGAUGGGUUUGAUCCAAACAGCAGACCAGCUCCGUUUCUCCUACCUUGCCGUUAUAGAGGGUGCUAAGUGCAUCAUGGGAGACACCUCUAUCCAGGAGUCAUGGAAGGAGUUGUCAAAUGAGGAAGACCCUCCCCCAGAGUUCUCUCCCCCUCCUCGGCCACGUCCACCAAAGCCCCCCUACAACGGACCCCAGUCCACGCCACAGUUUUUCCCUCCGCGUGAGAUUAUACAGGCCAACAACGUCCCCUACACACACAGUGCUCCUUCAGAACCCGAGCUUCGCAGGCGGCCGGUGGAGGCCUCGGAGGCAGCAGCGGAGUUUGAGACGCCGACAAUGUUUGUUGAUGAGCCUGAUGAUACUAAUGCUCCGAAGCCAAGCGACCCAUUCACCGUGAUGACAGAAGCUCCGCCCAAACCUUCACGGUCACCACCAGAGAAGAGGCCUACGGGACAGUGGAGCCCCUUGUUGGCUAGCAUGUGUGUGUGCACCGUGCUCGCUAUGGGAACAUACUUCUGUUACCGCACCUACUUUCACUGAUUCUUGCACUUGUUUUUGUUUUUCUCCUUCACUCUGUCUCUCGUCGGUCUGUCUGUCUUCCUGCCUCUCUAGCUCUCUCUCUGUCCCUCCCUCUUUGUGGUUAGUGUGAGGGUGGGCAAAUAGGUUCUGCUGGCCAGCCAGCUCUCUCUACCUCCGUUGAGAGAGAGGGAGAGAGGGGAAUUAGGAAAAAAAAAAAAGGGAGAAAGAUGAUGGAGAGGGACAGAUACCUGCUAUCGAGCCCCAUCUCUGUUUUUGUUUCAAAAUUUUCCCCACUCCUUUUCCCUUACACAUUUUGGGGAAGGAUGUCGAGAAAAGACUUUCUUAGCCAAACUGCUGUUGUACCCUAUUACACGACACAAACACAUAACGCACACAAACAGACUGUCUCUUCGAUAGCUCAGGGCCUCACAUUUCAGGUGUCCCCCCCCCCACCCCCAAAUAUGACAUCCAGGUUUUACUUAUCCAAAUAAACCCUUUUAUUAUUGCUGCAAUAAGCAAGGGAAUGUCUGUGUGUCCUGUGUGUGUGUGUGUGUGUACAGAGGACGUCUGUUUGUGUCUGAGUAAUAGGUGUGUAAAGACGUAAUUGUGUCCCAGUUAAAGUCAGCAUUUUGAAAAAUCUGUGCAGUUUGCGUACACCAUAACUGCCACACAUGGACUCCUGUGGCUUUGGCAGUCUGUUUUUAGCCUUGCCAAAUCUAGUGUUUUUGUUUUUUUUUCUGCCAAGCUUUAAUGAUGCCCCUUGCAGAGCUCUGGAUUAUGGGUGUGAGAGGGGGGAGUGGAAUCGUGUCCCAUUCCGAAAACAAUCUUGCCAGUUGUGAAAUAAGUGUUUUUGUUCUUCCUGCCCAACUGCAAGGGCUCACAUUUGCACUUAACCUGUUUUUGAAAAUGAGACAUCAUAAUUGAAAUAUCUUGAUCAAAGAUAAGACACCAGCGUGUCCAUCCGACUCAUUUGUAUGGAUUUUUUUUUAUUUUUAAAAAAAGCUCUUACUAAAACUUGUGGAAUGUGUAUGUUUCUCUGGUUUUGCUUCCAUUUUUACUACUUGUGGGGUUUUUUUUUUUUCCCUCCUCUCCAUCUGUCUUGUAAGCAUUUGAUCAACAUAUUCAGGGACAUUGACCUUGUUUGUAUGCUGCAGUUCAGCUUGCUGAAAGCUUUUCUGGCUCACACCCAUGUCAUGUCUUGGGGAGGAGGAUAGGGGGAUGUUCUGACUAUUACUUAAAUGUUUCAAGGUUAUGACUCUGUAACCUUUACAGGCCGCAUUUAUGCACACCACUACCACCAGGUUCUCCUGUGAGGACAUUCUGCUUGAAUCCCAAAAACAGUUUAGCGAUUGCAAUCAUAAAAUACUGGAGGUAGCUAAAAUCUUUUAAAAAGCUUUGAACACAUCAUAUAGCCACCAGGAGGCAGCAUUGAGUUGCAUUCAUCAGGAAAUUCAUCUUUUAAGAGGAUUGGUCAUCAUUUUCCUCCUCUUCUUGCUCCUUCCCGAGAGAGAUAUCAAUCUCCAUCAGAAUGUUUGUGUGUCUUUCGACAUGGCUUUUCUUGGGUUGUAGUUUGUAGUGGCAGCUGUGACGUCUGGUUUCUUUGCCCAAAUGCCAAUGUAGAUAAAAGUUCUGUUUUUCUUCUGCUUGAGAACAUUGGAUUUCCAGUUCCCAUGUUUUGCUUUUCCUUUGUAACAAUUUCUGGAUCUUAUGAAAGCCAUUGAGGAAUGUCAUUUGUAUACCACCUAAAAUGAAUGAAUAAAAAAAGGAAACAUGCAGAAAAAGAAAUGCUGCGAGUAACAUGCUUUGGUUAUCCCUGCAAUUCUAUGCUCAGCUGUGUGAUGUAAAACAGAUCAUUUAUGUUCAUAGAUGGCUAAUCAGGAAUGUUUAUUUCAGAGACUGUCACGGGUGGUUUUCUUUGUUGCUGUCGUCAUCAUCGUCAGGAUUAUAUUAAGCUUAAACCUUUUUAGUUUCUCUCAGGCUCUUGAUGAAUAAAUUGGUGGUUAGAAAACGAUGGAUUUUAGACUCCUCAGGAUGCUUCAUGGAUUUUUCAGACUGGAAAAGCAUCAUGUCAGCUGUAGGGUUUGACACUGUUGCUAUGUUAGAUUAUUCUAAUGAAGAGAGAUUAAGGAGUUAAAUAUGCAUUUCCUUCAAAGUGGAGCAUCACCAUAGAACAGCUGCCUAAAUUUAGAUUUACACAUGCACCUCUUUCAGUUUAGUGAAUGACUAAGUGGACAUUGGCAUGGACUAGAACAGGAGUCAGGUGGCUCCCCCCGAAAAUAAUUUUUUUUCCCCUCUCAAUGUACUCAGUCUUUUGCUGCCUCUUUCUAAUCAGUCCAGUAAGACUUGAUUGUAUUUCACCUCUCUGCUGCAAAAAAAAGUGCUCAUCCUCUGCGCCUCUACCUUUUUGGUUUCAUGGUUUGAUUGUAGGUCCAGUUCUUGUGUCCAAUCCUGAACUUCUGGAAUGUAAUCUCUUCAUGGACAUCCUCCUAUCACUACCGGUUAUACUGGGUUGCUUUUUGCCAGCCAGUAUGUGGUGUGUGGGUUUUUUUUUUGGGGGGGGGAGACUAGUCAAUCUUUAAAAAAAAAACAAAAAACUUACCCUUCAUAUGGAAGGCCUUGUUUUUGUUUUCAUUUCUUUCUCCCCAACUUUUUGGCAUUUGUUUUUUAAACCUUGGUCAUCUUACUUUUUUGUAUUUAUAUUAAAAAAAAAAACAAAAAACCUAUUGCUUUGUUAUGGUUGCAUCUGACUUGUAUGGGAGAUUUUUAUUUUUUUUCUCUUCUUCUUUCCCUUCCAUUUUUCUUUCCUCUUCAGACUGAAAGCCAAACAAACGCUGUGGUAAUAAAAUUUGUACGCCAUG